AUGUUGAUUAAUAGUAGGAUGAUGGAGAAAGGUCAAGUUGAGAAAUUGCUUAAAUUGACUCCUCAUAAGUCCUCCUUUGUGAAGUUGAACGUCAAUGGUGCUCAUGAAAGUAAAGGAAUGUCGAGAUGUGGAAGUAUUCUGAGAGAUAAUUAUGGUUCUUGGAUUGGUGGUUUCUCCAAAGGCAUAAGGUGCCGCAGCCCUCUGAUGGCAGAGUUUUGGAGUAUUUUUAUUGGACUAAAAUUCGUUGCGGAUCGUGGUUGGAAGAAGGUAAAAUUGGAGUCGGAUUUCAACAUUGUAAUUACUAACAUCAUGAGAAGUAACUAUAAGAAUAUGGCUGCUAGAAACUUGGUGCUUCAUAUUAAAGAUCUAAGACAAAUUUUGAAGCAAAAGAGGUUCGUCGUGUGUAUAGAGAAAUUAAUGGUUGUGUCAACUUGCUUGCUCUUGAAGGAAAAAGGCUGA